AUGGACAGGAUUGAUCCAGUGGUGAAGCAGGAACCGACUGAGGAACUUGGUGAAAUCGUGAAACCCAAGGAAGAAAAGAAAGCAGAACAAAUCGAAGAAGGUGGUCAAUUUCAGUGUGCCUUGUGCGGCUGGUCAGAGCGUUACCACGGUCACGGCACAAGUCUUCCUUUCGCCCGCGGAAUAAACUUCAACGAGGACGCAUACGUCAUGCGAGAUCCAUUUGUUCCAUACGCCCAAAAUCUCUAUUUCUUCCUUGGAGCUCCCUGCUCAGCAUGCCAGCGACUAGUUUGCGCCAAUUGUAGCCUUUUUUACUCUAAACGAUUCUGUGGCGAAUGCGCCAACAAAAACGUGCAACAUUUUCCCGUCGAGGUGCAGAAAAAGAUUCACGAAUUGAAAACUAAUAAAAGCCAAUAA